AUUUCAAGUAAAUCAUAACCAAAACAAAGAAACCAAAAGAGCAGAGACGAGCAUUAUGAAAUCCUCAAGAAUGAUGGGGCGAGUGCAUUGCAUGGUUUAUGUCGUGGUAUUGAGUGCAAUCGCGUCUACAGUCACAUCAUAUCCUUACUCCUCCCCUCAAACCCCGCAAUACAAUUCACCCGUCCACAAACCACCUCACUCACCUAAAAAACAAGGCCCUAACUAUACGCCACAUCCAAAACCAUAUGUUUACUACUCUCCACCACCACCAUCUUAUUACUCUCCUUCUCCUAAGGUAGACUACAAGUCUCCACCACCUCCAUACGUCUACAGCUCCCCACCACCACCAUAUUACUCUCCUCCUAAUGUAGACUACAAGUCUCCACCACCCCCAUACGUCUACAGCUCCCCACCACCACCAUAUUACUCUCCUUCUCCUAAGAUAGACUACAAAUCUCCACCACCGCCAUACUUCUACAGCUCCCCACCACCACCUUAUUACUCUCCUUCUCCUAAAGUAGACUACAAGUCUCCACCACCGCCAUACGUCUACAACUCCCCGCCACCACCUUAUUACUCUCCAUCUUCUAAGGUACACUACAAGUCUCCACCACCGCCAUACGUCUACAACUCUCCGCCAACACCAUAUUACUCUCCUUCUCCAAAGGUAGACUACAAGUCUCCACCAUCGCCAUACGUCUACAGCUCCCCACCACCACCAUAUUACUCUCCUUCUCCAAAGGUAGACUACAAGUCUCCACCAUCGCCAUACGUCUACAGCUCCCCACCGCCAUAUGGCUACAGCUCCCCGCCACCACCUUAUUACUCUCCUUCUCCUAAGGUAGACUACAAAUCUCCACCACCGCCAUACGUCUACAGCUCCCCACCACCACCUUAUUACUCUCCUUCUCCUAAGGUAGACUACAAGUCUCCACCACCGCCAUACGUCUACAGCUCCCCACCACCACCAUAUUACUCUCCUUCUCCAAAGGUAAACUACAAGUCUCCACCACCGCCAUACGUCUACAGCUCCCCACCACCACCAUAUUACUCUCCUUCUCCAAAGGUCGACUACAAAGCUCCACCACCGCCAUACAUCUACAGCUCCCCACCACAACCUUAUUACUCUCCUUCUCCUAAGGUAGACUACAAGUCUCCACCACCGCCAUACGUCUACAACUCUCCCCCAACACCAUAUUACUCUCCUUCUCCAAAGGUAGACUACAAGUCUCCACCACCGCCAUACGUCUACAGCUCCCCACCACCACCAUAUUACUCUCCUUCUCUAAAGGUAGACUACAAGUCUCCACCAUCUCCAUACGUCUACAGCUCCCCACCGCCAUAUGUCUACAGCUCCCUGCCACCACCUUAUUACUCUCCUUCUCCUAAGGUAGACUACAAAUCUCCACCACUGCCAUACGUCUACAGCUCCCCACCACCACCUUAUUACUCUCCUUCUCCUAAGGUAGACUACAAGUCUCCACCAUCUCCUUGCGUCUACAGCUCCCCACCAUCACCUUAUUACUCUCCUUCUCCUAAGGUAGACUACAAGUCUCCACCAUCUCCUUGCGUCUACAGCUCCCCACCAUCACCUUAUUACUCUCCUUCUCCUAAGGUAGACUACAAGUCUCCACCAUCUCCUUGCGUCUACAGCUCCCCACCAUCACCUUAUUACUCUCCUUCUCCUAAGGUAGACUACAAGUCUCCACCAUCUCCUUGCGUCUACAGCUCCCCACCAUCACCUUAUUACUCUCCUUCUCCUAAGGUAGACUACAAGUCUCCACCAUCUCCUUGCGUCUACAGCUCCCCACCACGACCAUAUUACUCUCCUUCUCCAAAGGUUGACUACAAAUCUCCACCACUGGCAUACGUCUACAGCUCCCCACCACCACCAUAUUACUCUCCUUCUCCUAAAGUAAACUACAAAUCUCCGCCACCGCCAUACGUCUACAGCUCCCCACCACCACCUUAUUACUCUCCUUCUCCUAAGGUAGACUACAAGUCUCCACCAUCUCCUUACGUCUACAGCUCCCCACCACCACCUUAUUACUCUCCUUCUCCUAAGGUAGAUUACAAGUCUCCACCACCGCCAUACGUCUACAGCUCUCCACCACCACCAUAUCACUCUCCUUCUCCAAAGGUAGACUACAAAUCUCCACCACCGCCAUACGUUUACAGCUCCCUACCACCACCUUAUUCCUCUCCUUCUCCUAAGGUAGAUUACAAGAGUCCUAAGGUAGACUAUAAUUCUCCACCACCGUACUAUUUUCCUUCUCCGAAAUUCAGCUACAAGUCUCCACCACCACCAUAUAUCUCCAAGACACCCUAUUAUUGAUUUUUAAUUGUUUCAUAACCAACAAGCAUGGUUGCAAUAAUUUCUUCCCAUGAUUUUGUCCUUUCAUUUUUUCUCAUAAUUUCUUUCCAUUUUUUUGUUAUGCCUUUAUCUAAUUAA